GGACCACAAUGGCGAGUCCUGCGAGUUCCCAUAGACCACGGAAGAAGCGAAAGCAGGCUCCGGCCCUAACUCGAAGCGCGACAAUUACAGAUAUUGUCAAGUUCACCUCCGAAGACAAUACUGUCGCCCCUGAGUUUCCACUGGUGGCCUUCUUAUGGCCAGCUCGAGGCACAACUUCUCAAUGGAUCCUCUUACCACUUAUAUUGAUGAUCGUCGGUCUAUUUCGAUGGAGCGUGGGGCUUUGGGGUCAUUCAGGCUACCAACAACCACCGAUGCACGGCGAUUUCGAAGCUCAGAGGCACUGGAUGGAAAUCACAACCCAUCUCCCAGUUUCGCAAUGGUACUUCUACGACCUACAAUAUUGGGGACUGGACUAUCCUCCAUUGACAGCCUAUCAUAGUUGGCUAUGUGGCAGAAUUGGCUCGCUGUUCAGCCAGGACUGGUUUGCGCUCGACAAAUCCCGUGGCCUCGAAACGCAAGAUCUGAAAGUUUUCAUGAGGGCAACUGUCAUCAUUUCAGAAUAUCUCGUCUACGUGCCAGCACUGGUUAUAUUUCUACGACGCUACAGCCGGGCCCAAGGUGUUGGGACGACUGCAUCUUCGAUUGCACUCGUCGCAAUUCUCAUGCAACCAGCGACUGUCCUCAUCGACCAUGGCCACUUCCAGUACAAUACCGUCAUGCUCGGCUUCGUUGUGGCCGCACUAUCAAGCAUAUAUGCCGGACGACUUUUGUGGUCGUGCAUUUUCUUCGUGGCUGCUCUGGGGUUCAAGCAGAUGGCUUUGUACUAUUCACCAGUCAUCUUCGCUUACCUACUAGGAUCAUGCUUCACGCCAUCCUUUCGGCUGGGUCGCCUCAUAUCAAUCGCCUUGAUCACCCUUGUCGCUUUUGCAGUCUUGUUUGCACCGCUGCUUCUGGGGUCCCUUUACGAUAUCUACCAGAAAGCCAUUCCCACGGGAUGGCUUCCUCCACCUCCUUUGCUUGCAGAACACAGGAUACUGCUCAACCCUAACAGGCCGUUCGACAUGGUCAUUCUACAAGCCACUCAAGUCAUUCAUCGCAUGUUGCCAUUUGCCCGAGGAUUGUUCGAAGACAAAGUCGCCAAUUUCUGGUGCUUUGCCAACACAUUCUACAAGUUGCGCAAACUUCAUAGCAUCAUUGACCUCUCACGACUAUCUGCUCUCGCCACGCUCAUAUCAAUCCUCGGCCCGAUGCUUGUUAUUGGCGCCGUUCCGAAGAAAUCCCUCCUGCCCUAUGCACUGGCGACAUCAGCAUGGGGCUUCUUCCUCUUCUCGUUCCAAGUGCACGAAAAGUCGGUCUUAUUGCCACUUCUCCCAAUGACGCUGCUCCUCGGCGGUAGACAAGGCCUGAGCAAGGAAUAUCGCGCCUGGAUCGGAUGGGCAAACAUUCUCGGCUGUUGGACUAUGUAUCCGCUCCUGAAGAGAGAUGGUCUACAAACGCCAUACGCUGUCAUUAGUCUCCUGUGGAGUUAUCUUCUUGGCCUGCCGCCCACCAGUGUGAGCGCAUACUACGAUCCCGAACGGCCCAACGUCCCCGGCCGUGCUCUCACUGUUGAUGAGCUGCGGACACCAACGAAGAUCCUGCAUUUCCAGACGUACAUCGUCAUGGCGUUCUGGCAUCUUCUCAAUGCAUUUGCUUCACCACCAGACGACAAGCCGGACCUCUGGAUCGUGGUGAAUGCCUGCAUUGGCGCAGUAGCUUUUGGUAUCUGUUACCUUUGGUGCUUCUGGAAAUUGAUAUCCGAAAGUGGAUUGCUCGAUGCGUACUUCGCUGAUCAAGAUACGGCUGAAAACCGAUCCCCAUCAAGAGAACGGUCUGCGGCACCUGAAAAGAAGCGCCAGUGAGGAAGCUCGGAUGUUGCUUUCAGCGUUGCAUUUCUAGCAACUAUAGUGUAUGAGAAGUUGUCACACCACGUUUGUUCUGAAUAAAAGCACACUGUACAUAUACAAAACAUCCAUCCC